AUGGCAGCUGCAGGUGUAACUGCACCAGAUACUGGCUUUCCUGUUAGCCAAUCAGCAGCUGACAGCAUGGCAGGAGCGAGCCCCGUGAUUGACGGAGCGCAGCUCUUGAGCGGCGGGAAACGGGAGGUUAUGAUUCGCCAGCUGGAGAAUCUGGAGAGAGACUACGGAUGGCGUAUGCGUGUGCUGACUCGGUAUGAGCCUGAGCAGUUCGAAACAGAAGCCCUACGUGCGGUGUGGCAGCCCGACGACCGGACGGUAGUGGUGGUGGCGGACGUCACAUCGCCCAACAUCCUCAACUUCUUUGCAGGGGACACCGUCAGGGAGAAGCUUCCACGACAGUUCUUCAUCGAGCUACAAUCCCGCUUUGGCAACCAAUUCUACGUGGCAGAGCAGGGCGAUACACGAGCAGUCCAAGAAGCCGUUGCCACGCUGCAGACCUGCCUCUUAAAGCCCUCGGGCUGUAACAACGUGCCCGGACUAGUAGACGACCUUUACUUCAUCACUCUCUCUACCGCAAUCCUUGGCGGAAUAGUUUUCGGCUUUGCUGCCCGCUUGGAACCUUCUGGGAAGGUGGAGGCUUCUUGGCAGUGGGUGCUGCUUUUCUCCCCGCUGUGGCUGCUGCUGGUGGUGGCUUUUUCGUAUCUGCCCAUUACUGCCCGGACGGACGAUUUGGAGCCGCUGCUGAAAAAUGGGGCUGGUUUUCUUGCCGGGGCAGCUGCAAUCUAUUUGACUCCGAUUUUCGGGCAGUCUCCUGUGGCGAAUUGGGGCAAGGGGAAGGAGGAUGGGACUCGGAGUGGCACCCAGAGCGGUAGGGAUAGCGACUCUGACGACUUCUAG